GGCUGUGCUGGGACAUCUCAGGCAGCGUAAGCUGAUACUGACCCAGCACCUCCGCUGGUCUCUCAGCAGGUGAAGGAGGCCCUCAGACUGGCACCAUGACAGAGUGCUUUGACUGCGAUAACUGCAAGGAGUCCUUGUAUGGGCGCAAGUACAUCCAGAUGGACAAUGGCCCGUACUGCAUCCCCUGCUACGAUGCCCACUUUGCCAACACCUGCGAUGAGUGCAAAGAGCUGAUCGGCCAUGACUGCCGAGAGCUGUACUAUGAGGAUCGCCAUUACCACGAGCACUGCUUUCGUUGCUUCCGCUGUGACCGUUCUCUGGCCGACGAGCCGUUCACCUGCCAAGGCGAGGAGCUGCUGUGCAAUGACUGCUACUGCAGCGAGUUCUCCUCCAAAUGCAUUGCCUGCGAGAAGACAGUCAUGCCAGGAUCCCGUAAGCUGGAGUACAACGGACAAACCUGGCAUGAGCAUUGCUUCAUAUGCAGCAGCUGCCAGCAGCCCAUCGGGUCACGAUCCUUCAUCCCAGACAACAAGGAUUAUUACUGUGUCCCCUGUUAUGAGAGCAAGUUCGCUCCUCGCUGCACUCGUUGCAAAAAGACCCUGACCAAGGGAGGAGUGACUUACCGGGAUGAGCCGUGGCACAAGGAGUGUUUCGUCUGCACAGGCUGCAAGACCCCCCUGGCUGGGCAGCAGUUCACCUCCCAGGAUGACAACCCAUACUGCAUCAAGUGCUUUGGGAACCUCUAUGCCAAGAAGUGCAGCGCCUGCACAAAGCCCAUCACAGGCUUUGGUGGUGGUAAAUAUGUCUCCUUUGAGGACCGUCACUGGCACCACAAUUGCUUUAACUGCGCCCGCUGCAACACCUCGCUGGUCGGGAAAGGCUUCAUCCCUGACAACGAUGAGAUCCUGUGCCGCGACUGCAGCAGCGACCUAUGAGCCUCCGAGGACACCGUGGGGCAGGGGCUUUCUCUAUUCUUCAGGGUCUUUGUGCCAGAUACCCCAACAGCAUCUCAGGGGCAGGGCACAAGGCACAGGAGAUGGGGGCUGACCCCGAACCACGGUGUGUUCAGGAGGUUCCUGUGCCCCUCCCUGAAGGCUAGAGUACGCUAUGCUAUGGCUCUGUGCAGAGUCAAAGCUAAAUAAAGUUGAAAAAGGAGCUUCAGGACCCCCCAUUAUUUACUCUAUCCUUUUGUUUCCUGUCUGAUCAGGCACGAGCAGCGCCCAGGGCCCCAGCUGAGCAAAGGGCAGCAGCAGCUUCAGCGUUGGGCUGCUGGAUCUGCACGCUGGCAGCAUGUAUUUGCUCCCCCGGCACAGUGCUGACUUCUCUUUUCCCCAUGUGCUUCCCUUGCUCUGUGUGAUAUAAGGCAGCAGCUCC